UUACGUUUUUGCGAUUUCAUGAUUAGUUUUGGCCGGAAAAUAAUACCUAAAGCUAUAAUACAUUAUUCGCGUGAAUAAAACUACGUGUUACAAGCUGUUGUUAGAACGAUAUAAUAGUCUAUGUAGUAAAGUGAAAGACUAGUAUUAAAAAUACUUAAUAAUCAAUCAAUUUCAUUGAUUUCUAAUUCUGUGCUAUGAGCAGCGCUGUUAUGAUGGAUUACGAAUUCAAAAUGAAGACUCAACAGGAACGAGCGAAAGUCGAAGAUCUUUUCGAGUACGAGGGCUGCAAGGUUGGUCGCGGUACAUACGGGCACGUCUAUAAAGCCCACCGGAAAGAAAGCAAUGAUACAAAAGAUUAUGCACUAAAGCAAAUAGAGGGUACGGGUCUGUCUAUGUCUGCUUGCAGGGAGAUUGCGUUACUUCGAGAGUUAAAACAUCCGAAUGUGAUAAAUCUCAUCCGUGUAUUUUUGUCGCACACCGAUCGAAAAGUUUGGCUGCUGUUCGACUAUGCUGAACAUGACCUGUGGCACAUCAUUAAAUUUCACCGUGCGGCUAAAGCCACUAAGAAGCCGGUUAUGGUCCCAAAGGGUAUGGUGAAAAGCUUACUCUAUCAAAUUUUAGAUGGAAUUCACUACCUUCACAGUAACUGGGUCUUACAUAGAGAUUUGAAACCAGCUAACAUUCUUGUAAUGGGUGAAGGAAAUGAACGAGGCCGUGUUAAGAUUGCAGAUAUGGGUUUCGCCAGACUGUUCAAUGCACCUCUUAAACCAUUGGCAGAUCUGGAUCCGGUCGUUGUGACUUUUUGGUACCGCGCACCAGAGUUAUUGCUGGGAGCUCGUCAUUAUACCAAGGCUAUUGACAUAUGGGCUAUUGGAUGUAUUUUCGCCGAACUACUGACAUCGGAACCGAUAUUUCAUUGUCGUCAGGAGGAUAUCAAAACCAGUAACCCUUAUCAUCAUGACCAACUGGAUCGAAUCUUCAACGUAAUGGGAUUCCCACAGGACAAAGACUGGGAGGAUAUAAGAAAAAUGCCAGAACACCAUACACUCACAAAGGACUUCAAGCGGUCCAAUUACGCUAAUUGCUCUUUGAUCAAGUACAUGGAACGUCAUAAGAUCAAACCGGAUAGCAAAGCAUUCCAUUUGCUUCAGAAGCUGCUUCUGAUGGAUCCCAACAAGCGAAUAACUUCCGAACAAGCGAUGCAGGAUCCUUAUUUUUCAGAAGAUCCGCUACCAACAGCAGAUGUGUUUGCGGGGUGCCCGAUUCCUUAUCCAAAACGCGAAUUCUUAACCGACGAAGACCAAGACGACAAAGGUGAAAACAAGCGUCAGCAGCAACAGCAACAGGCAAACCAACAGCAAACGCAACAGAACCAACAGCAGCAAAACAAUCAUCAAGCUCAGCAACAAAAUCAGCAGCAGCAACAGCAAGCGAAUAACCAACAGCAGCAGCAGCAACAACAACAGCAACAGAUGCAGCAGCAGCAGCAGGCACAAAAUGCUGCGAUGGACCACAGUGCAGCAAAGCGAGUUCGAAUGUCGGGUCCAAACGGUCAAUCAGGCAGUGGGAUGAAUCAGCAAGAUUACCAACAGCAGGCACAGCAAGCUGCUGUGGCAGCUCAGCAGCAGCAGCAACAACAACAACAGCAACAACAGCAGCAGCAAAUGAUGUUCAACAAUUCUCAGCAGGGCGGUUUCCAGCAGAGGUAUUAAUUGCACGGUAAGUUAAUUCUUAGCAGAUCAUCAUCAUUAUUAAUUGGAUACAACCAAAACUAUCAUUCUGAAUACAA